AUGAAAUACACUCCACUCUCUAAUUCUAUCUUCCUUCCAACAUUUCGAAAUUGUCAACACAUCAUUCAAUCUCCAUACUCCUGGUCAAGAUUGAGAUUACCUGUCUAUAGUGCUGAUAUCGAUUGCGAUGAUGCAUAUGGGCUAUUAGGAUUUGUUGCUUCGGAGCAACCUCCUUUCAAACCUACCUCUACAGUUUUGAGAACACUUGCACAACCACUUGCUUUGAUUCUGUAG